AUGAUAACAAUUUUAUUUAGUAUCCUUGUUAUUGUGUUCAUUAUUUUGGGAAGUAGAUUAAUAGAUAAAAAAAAGAAAAGUAACUUAAAUGAAGAUAAGAUAACUAAAAAAAAAGUAAAAGAUACACCUAAACAAAAAAAAAUUGCACCAGAAAUCAAUAAAAAUACAAGACAUAUAAAAACUACAAAAAGCAACAUAUCUCACGCAUUAUUUGAUAGAAACAUUGCUAUGUUAAAAGGCAAUAACUAUCCCUUAAGUUUAUGUGUAAAUGAGAAAUAUGGAAUUAUUGCAAUUAGUUGUAAUAAUGGAAAUAUACAAAUUCAUAAAAUUUACAAAGAUAAUAUAUAUAAAUCUAUUUUAAAUAAAAAAAUGGGAGAAGUUUAUAGCUGUAUUGAUAUAGAUGAAGAAGGAAAUUACUUGGUAGCGGUUGAUGAAUUAUCUUCAACAUUAAGAAUAUUUAAUAUAGAAAAGUCUGAAAAUAAUAUAAAAAACUUUUCUUUGAUAUUAGCAGGGAAGACAGAAUUGCAUAAAAAGGAUGUUAAAUUUCUGUAUGUUCAUAAAAAUUCCUAUAUUAUUACUGGUUCAGAAUUAGAUGAAACAGAAGUAAAAAUAUGGAAUAUGAAAGGAGAAAUUAUAAAAAUUAUUAGUAUAAAACAAAUUUAUAAUCAUGAUUUUGCUAUUUCUAUAUCAGGAAGGUUUUUUGGUGUUGCUUGUUGGUCUCCAGGAGUUAAAGUAUUUGAAAUAAAAUUGAAGGAAAAUGUUUUUCAGAAUAUAGAAAAGGUGAUAGAUUUAAAAACCAAUUCAGGAACAAAAUGCUUAUGCUUCAGUAACGAUGAAGAAAAAGCUUUUAUAAUUGAUAAAUACGGAAUUUUAACUGCAUAUAACUUAAACAUACGAUAUAAACUUCAAGAAGAGUCUAAGAUUUUAUAUAAAAAAGAUUUAAAAGAAUAUAACUUUGAAGAUUUUUCAAAAAUGUCUAUAUCUGGUGAUUCUAAAUAUUUAAUUUUAAUUUCUGGUUCUAAUUUAUUAAUUUUGAAGCAAGAAAAUCUAGAAAUGGUAAAUAAAAUAAUGGAUUCUCAUCAAUGUGAAAUAUUUGAUGUUCGUCCAAUUCCUAAUUCUUCAUUAUUUCUAACAUGGGCAAAUGAUGGCUAUGUAAAAUUGUGGGAUAUAUCGAAGGAAUAA